CACAGCCAUGUCUCUUGUCAUAUACAUUCUGCAGCUGUGUUUAGCUGUUUUGGUUUUGCCUCUUCAUAUUCUGAGUUUUCUUGGAAUCUGGAAUGUGAUUUCUAGGAAAAUAUUCCCUUAUAUUUUAGCCCCCUUAAUAAAAAGCUACAACAAAUUAAUGGAUUCAACAAAAAAGGAUCUUUUCAGCAACCUCAGUGAUUUUGCAAGUAACUCCGAGGAACUCAGGCUUCUAGAGAUUGGAUGUGGCGGUGGUUCCAAUUUUAAAUUCUACCCAAAUGAUUGCAAGGUAACCUGUCUGGAUGUCAACCCGAAUUUUGAGAAGUUUCUGAGUAAAAGCCAAGUAGAAAACAACCAUCUGAAGUUUGAGAGGUUUUUGGUGGCCUCUGCAGACAACAUGAAGCAGGUCGCCGAUGCCUCCCAAGACGUGGUGGUCUGCACCCUGGUAGCAUGUUCCGUGCCCAACACACCCAAGGUGCUGGAAGAAGUGUGGAGAGUUCUUAAGCCAGGAGGAGCUUUCUUCUUUCUGGAACACGUGGCUUCCUCGGAUGAAGCUAGCUGGCUUUGCUUCUUUCAGAGAAUUCUAAAUCCCACCUGGAAACUUGUAUUUGAUGGCUGUGACUUAAGAAAAUUCACCUGGAAGGACCUAGAGAAGGCUAAAUUCUCUACAGUGAAACUACGCCAUAUUCAGCCGCGCACAUUUAUAAAGCCCAUAACCCCCCACAUUGUUGGAUAUGCUGUGAAAUAAACAAAUAAAGCAUAGCAAAAACUGUAAUGUUAGUUUGACUCAACCUACAGUAGCUCUGUUUAGUAAAUAGGGGUUAAUAUACAAUAGAAGGCAUUCACUGAUGUGUAAUUUCUAUCAAACAUUUUAAGAUCAUUUUACAAUUAUUACAUGUUUGCUUAAUUUCAAAUGUAUACUUGUAAAUGUUUUUAUUAAUAAAAAAAGCAAUUCUCUUA